CUCAGCAUCCUCCUCCUCCUCCUCCUCCUCCUCCUCCUCCUCCUCCUCCUCCUCCCAGUAGAGGGAAGCCGUCAGACCGGUGCGUUGCGCGAGGUGUUUUUCGUCCGCUGCCAUGGUAGAAUUUACGGAUAUCGUGUGCCUUCUCGUCCCGCUGGCCGUGCUGGCGGGGUCCACCCUCCAGACCGAGGUGAAAAGCGGCGGAAAAGAGGCGGAAAAGACGGGGAAUUUCAUGGAAGACGAGCACUGGCUGUCCACCAUUUCACAGUACAGCCGCAAGAUCAAGCACUGGAAUCGCUUCAGAGAUGAGGUAGAGGACGAUUAUGUGCGCUCAUGGGAUGAAAAUCAGGGUUCGAAUGACAAUGUAGACACUACCAAGGACCCGUGUCAAAAGGUUAAGUGCAGCCGACACAAGGUGUGUAUCGCCCAGGGCUACCAGAGAGCUGUGUGCGUCAACCGCAAGAAACUUGAACACAGGCUGAAGCAGCCGGCUCUCAGGUCUCCUGAUGGGAACUGUCAGCCCUGUCCCAUCUCCUCCACCGGGCCCGUGUGUGGAUCAGACGGUCACAACUACGCCUCAAAGUGCAAGUUGGAGCAGCAGGCGUGUCUUACAGGGAAGGAUCUCACCCUGAAAUGUUCAGGUCUGUGUCCUUGUCCAACCGCUGCCACCACAUCCAAGGAGAGUAAAUAUGAGAGCUGCACCGGACAGGAUCUGGCUGAUCUCGGCGAGCGUCUGAGGGACUGGUUCCAACUCCUGCAGACCAAUGCCAAGCAGAACAACAACAGCAAGCCCGGGGCCAGAGCGGCCUCGGCCAGCACCACAUCAGUGCUGGACAGGAGCCUGGUGGCCAGCUGUAAAGACUCCAUAGGCUGGAUGUUUUCCAAGCUGGACACCAACAACGACCUGUACCUGGAUCAGGCCGAACUGGCCGCCAUCAACCUGGACAAGUACGAGGUCUGCAUCCGGCCCUUCUUCAACUCCUGCGACUCCUACAGGGACGGGAAAGUCUCCACCGCCGAAUGGUGCCUCUGCUUCUGGAGAGAGAAGCCUCCCUGUCUGGCUGAACUUGAGAGGAUCCAAGUCCUAGAUGGCGGCAAAAGAAAGUUUGGUCGAUUCAUUCCCAGCUGCGACGAAGACGGAUACUUCAGGAAGCAGCAGUGUGACAGGGGAGAGUGUUGGUGCGUGGACCAAAAUGGAGGCGAGGUGGCUGGAUCGAGGAUCCGUGGCAAGCCGGACUGCGAUUAUGAAAUGACUUACUCGGGUGAUUUUGGUAGCGGUGUCGGAUGGGAGGAUGAGGAGGAGAAAGAGGCUGAGGAGACUGCAGAAGAGGCUGAAGAGGAGGAGGGAGAGGUGGGAGAGGUGGAUGAUGGGGGAUAUAUCUGGUAAAGUGCCAACGUGCAGUCCAGCAUCUCGAUGGUCCCACAUACACACACACACACACACACACGCACACACACAGAUCCUAUAAAGAGAUGGACAUGAUGACGCGCUCACACACUCAGAACAACACUGGUUGGUGGAAAAGCAAGGGGGAGGGUUGCACAGGCUGGGAGGGUGAAAAUAGAUGCUGUGGGAGUAUUUAAUGUUCCUAAAAUGGGAAAGGGGAGGGGGAAAUAUCACUGCUAAGAAAUUAUGGGUCUGGAGUCCUGAAUUUUGUCCUUCAUACUUGUGAAUCUUUGUUCUCUUCCGUUAUAUGUCCUUCAGACUAUCUUUGAGGAGUUUUUAGCUGAUGCAUUAUGGAGACUUUAAGAAGCUGCAGGUGCUCGUCAUGUGCUUGCAUUUAAAAAA